AUGACAGAGAAAGUUGUCUGCUUUGAUGGCGAAGGCGUUAUUUGGUAUGGCGGAUAUCCAGUCGAAGGUGCAAAUGAAAUUAUCGGCGAUAUCAGAAAGCUUGGAUAUAGAGCAGUCUGUGUUACAAAUAAUGCUUCUAAAUCUGUCCAACAAUACUUAGAGCGUUUCCAAAAGAGUGGCUAUACAAACUUCAAUGAAGAAGAUGUUAUCACUUCUGCUCGUUCUGUCGGCAUUUAUCUUGUCAAGGCAAGAUUCAACAAACCAGGCCGUAAAGUAUUCGUUAUUGGAACAGCAGGCUUCGUUAGUCAGCUCAGAUCUUACAAUUUGAACAUUGUUAUCGCUGCAGACUAUGAUGGUCUCGAUAUUCAUUCAAUGGAUAUUGAUCCAGAAGUUUGUGCAGUUGUUGUAGGCUCAUCAGAAGAAUUCUCAUACAGGCAUCUUACAAUUGCAUCAAGAUAUGUUAUUGAAAACGAUGCUCUCCUUAUCAGUGCAAAUCCAGACGAUAAUUAUCCAUAUAACCAUGAUGUAUUAGUUCCAGCAGCACACGCUCUUGCAGAAUGCAUUGCUGCAGCUACAAAUCAUACAACACUCGCCCUCGGAAAGCCACAAAAGUCAAUGUUCGAAGCAAUUCCUGGAUCAGACAAAAUUGACAGAGCCCAUAGCUGGAUUAUCGGUGAUAGACUCGCUACUGAUGUCAAAUUCGCUAAAACAGCCGGACUUAGAUCAAUUUUAGUUUUGACGGGUGUUACAAAGAAAGAAGAUACAAUUAACUUACCAGAUGGCAUUAAGCCAGACUUCAUCUGUGCAGAUCUUAAGGAAUGUUACGAAGUUAUCAAAGCGAAUACAUAA